AUGAAGGCCGCCGCCGCGACCGUGACGGCGCUGCUGUCCGCGUCUGCCACCGCGCAGUACGUGCUCAUGGACUUUGAAAAGAGGCCGCACAGCAACCUGCAGCGUCGAGCCUCGAGCGUUGAAUCCGACAUCUCCAACCUCAGACAGGACGGAGGGUACUUUAUUGAUGUCACCGUUGGCACUCCCGGCCAAAAAUUCUCUCUCCAGCUCGACACUGGCAGUAGUGAUGUAUGGGUACCUUCGAGCGGAUCAUCGGCCUGCCAGGCCAAGAGUGACAAAAUCACCCGACCCGGUGAGAGUGACGGCUGCUCCAAGGGCUCCUUCACCUCCAGCAAAUCGAGCACCUUCCAACCUUUCGAUGAAGGCACUUUUCAGAUUCAAUACGUCGACAAGAGCAGUGCAAAGGGCUCAUACUUUCUCGACUCCUUCGAGCUUGGCGGUGUUACCAUCAAGAACCUGACCAUGGGCCUCGCCGAAGAGACGGAUAUCCCCUUCGGCCUGGUUGGCAUUGGCUACAAGGGCAACGAGGCCUCUCUCCAGACGGUGAGAGACACGUACCCCAAUCUGCCCAUUGCUAUGCAGACCUCUGGCAACAUCAAGACGGUUGCCUACAGCCUCUGGCUCAACGAUCUGGACGCGAGCAAGGGAAACCUGCUUUUCGGCGCCAUUGACACCGAAAAAUACCAAGGCGACUUGGCCCGCCUCGACCUUUUGCCCAGCGGCGGCACAACUGGCCAGGUUGUCGAGUUCAACGUGCCCUUGACCUCCGUCGGUGGCUACAGCUCGUCUGGCUCCGAUUCCUUCUCCUCUUCUAGCUUCCCGAUCACCGCCCUUCUCGAUUCUGGCACCACCCUCUCAUACCUCCCCACGGACAUCACCAAUCAGAUCUGGAACGAAGUCGGUGCCGCCUAUUCCCAAGACCUCGGAGUCGCCGUUGUGCCCUGCACUUACUCUACUAGCAAGGCCUACUUGUCAUUUGGCUUUGGUGGCAGCCAGGGACCUCGCAUCAACGUCACCAUGGACGAGCUUGUGCUGGAGCAGGCUGGGGUCACCAUCUCCACUGGCAGACACAAAAGUACUCCUGGUUGUACGUUUGGCAUCCAGGCCCAGCCCGCCAGCAGUGACGGUUCCGCAAGCUCCUACCUCCUCGGCGACAGCUUCUUACGCUCCGCCUACGUCGUUUACGACCUGGAGAACAACCAAGUCGCCAUUGCCCCGACCAAGUUCAACGCAAGCGCCUCCAACGUCGUUCCCUUCCCCUCCAAGGGCGCCACCAUUCCCUCGUCUACCCCCGUGGCGGGCGCUAACACCACUACGAGCGGCAGCGGCAGCAGUGGAACCCCUGGCUACGAUGCCUCAUCUGGCUUCCAGAGCGAGAGCGGCGAGAGCGGCGCUACCGCCAUUGGCCUCUCUGCUCUCGGGCUGGUCGCCGUGUCCAUGUCAACCUUUUUCGCCGUUCUUGCAAGUGCCAUCUAG